AUGCAUUCACUCAAAGCAUUUGCGAAGUCAACUCUUGGUGAGAUCAAAGAUGCCCUUGUGGAAGCUGUCGGAGAUGACGAUGAUGAAGAAGAAGAUGUCCCAAGCUCUCCGGUUCAAACGCAUCCAGGGAUCAAUGCUGAACGGCCAGUACUGAAGGGUAAUGGAGGCACAGAUGUGGCUGAGUCUCUCAGAAAUUUGAGCGGCAAUCGCGAAUCAAUCAGUGCAAACUUACCUGAACUAGCUGCUGUUGAAUCUCCCGAAUCUGAAGCCGCGCGGAUGGAGUUUCAGGCGGUACAAGGCAGCCCCUACCUAGAAAGUAUUUUGAAUCAGCUUGAUUCCGAGAAGGCCGCAAGAGCGAAGGAAUGGAACAAGGGGAGCCUGUCAAUACCAGAGAUUGCGGCAUUGUCUUGCUGGACCCUGCGGCAACUCUUUCCCCUUGUGCCAGCAACGCAGCUGACCAACCAAGGACAAAGUGAGACACAGCGCCUCCUGACAUCCUUCAGUGAUCGGUAUGAGGCACUGUUGAUGGAGCACACAGCGCUGCAACGCAAAGCGCGCGAGUUGUCGCAUGCGAACACAGAAUUGGCCCGCUCAGCUCAGCAAACAGAAUCAUGGAAGAGUGCACAUGGUACUGCCAUUGCAAGACUGGAGGAGUUAUCAUCAGAAAAUGCAGAGUUGAAAGAAAGGAUUCGAUCAAGCUGGGCCAAUCUGAAUUCGGAUCAAGAUCAGUCAAGGGAUCAGCUCGUGCGCAAGCUUGCGCAGAAGGAUGCAGAAAUUCGAGGUUUGACCGAAGCGAUGGAAAGACUUCAGGAGGUGGUAGAUGAUCAAAGCUCACUGGCAACAAAGUGCUGGAAUUUAGAACGUGAGCUGCGUGAGGCAAAAGAGGCACGGGAGACUGUUGACCCCAUGUCGAUUGCCAUCAAGCCAGAUGAUGAAGCGUGGAGGAGGGAGACACAGACGAGGCAGGGGAGCCAGGAGAGCCAUGAACACUUGUUGGCAAGGUGCCAGCAUGCAGAGAAGGAGUUGAGUGAUACCAGUACAGCACUGGAAGUCCUACUAGAAGAAAAGUCAAAAAGAAUCGAAGACCAGGAGCAUUUGGUGGAUCGCCGGCUUGUCACGUCCAUGUUGGCCUUGUAUCACGAUCAUGUGUCUUCUGGGCAACGUGCCUUGGCAGACCAGGUCUUGACUCAGGCACUUCAUAUUUUAGGAGGGGUGCCAGAAGAGACACAGAGAAGCCGCCAGCAACUGAAAGAAGCAGCAGCUGCAGCGGAAGCACGGCUGGCGGAACCUUUGGGCAAUGCAUUUCUCGAUUUCCUGGAGAAAGAGACUGAAUUGGAAAUGGGACAUGCCGGACCUGUCGGACAUGCACCCACUCAAACGCAUCCAACACCCACAGUGCCAGGCGGCAAGAAUCCGCCUGCUCCUAACGGCAGCCUGCUGUCAGCACUGGCGGGAGGUGACUGGGCAUCACAUUCAGAUCAUACUGAGACGAAGCGUUCGCUGGCACUGCGCGCUAGGCAAGCCCGGGCCGCCAAAGACCUUGAACACAAGGCUGGACACUCCGCAGGACAAGCCAAAGCAAUGGAACCAAUUCCUGGCCAGGACGCCCAGGGCAACAUGGAGCUCUCCACGGGGAGAGCUUCACAAAACUCCAGUGCUGUCCGAUGCUAUUUGUGUUUGCACCAAUUCCAGGCUUGA